UAACCAAGAAAGAAGUCCGACUCAUCCCUCUUGCCGUCGUCGUCGUUGGUUUGGCGGUCUCUUUCCUUCUUUAUCCACCCAAAACCGUCCCAUUUCCCUACAACUAUACGCCCACAAAGUCCAGAUCUUGGAAGCCGCCGCCGUCUCCACCACGGUGAUUCCUGUCUACCUCACGCCCCAAGACUUUCUCCACACCCACACCGCCCUUCUCCCUCCAAUCGCUAUAAUAAAUGACCUAAGCGAUCCCCUUACCGCUUCCUCUAUCCCGCAUGAGCACCCCCGCAUCAACCCCUCCCCCGCCCCCUCCACCUCCUCCUCCUCCUCCUCUUCCUUCGCUGCCCAAAGACCCGCCGCCGGAGACGGACCAGACCGCGCCGAAGGAUGGCGGCGCCGCCGGAGCCGGCGGCGCGAGAGAAGGCCGGGCUUCCGAGGGCGAUGCGGGUGUCGAGGUGGAGAGUGGAGUAGAGAAGAAGGCCGAGGACGGAGAUCACCCGAUGGACGGCGGAGACGCGCCCCCGCCGCCUCCCCCUGCGACCGUGUUCCGGAUUAGGCUCAAGCAGCCCCCGUCCAGCCUUCGGCAUAAGAUGAGCGUCCCGGAGCUCUGCCGCAACUUCAGUGCAGUUGCUUGGUGCGGGAAUCUGAAUGCUAUUGCUUGCGCAUCAGAGACAUGCGCUAGAAUACCAAGUUCUACUACAAAUCCUCCAUUUUGGAUUCCAAUACACAUUGUCAACCCUGAGCGACCCACAGAAUGUGCUGUUUUCAAUGUCAAAGCUGAUUCUCCACGGGAUUCAGUUCAAUUUAUUGAAUGGUCUCCUAGAUCCUGCCCUCGUGCCUUAUUGGUGGCAAAUUUUCAUGGAAGGAUCACGAUAUGGACUCAGCCUUCUCAAGGCCCAGUGAACCUUGUACGAGAUGCUAGUUGUUGGCAUUGUGGCUAUGAAUGGAAACAAGAUCUUGCUGUUGUAACCAAAUGGUUGUCAGGGAUGAAUCCAUAUCGGUCACUUCCUUCAAAUUCAAGUACCUUGGCCAGCACAAAGUCAACCUUUGAGGAAAAGUUUCUUUCACAACAGUCUCAAAAUUCAGUGAGGUGGCCAUCUUUUCUUUGUGUUUGCUCAGUUUUUUCAUCUGGCUCUAUCCAACUUCACUGGGCACAGUGGCCUCCUGCACUAAAUGAUGCAGAACCAAAAUGGUUUUCUACAAGCAAAGGGCUGUUAGGAGCAGGACCCAGUGGCAUAAUGGCUGCUGAUGCUAUUAUUACAGAAUCUGGAACUAUGCAUGUGGCUGGCGUCCCACUUGUAAAUCCAUCUACAGUUGUUGUCUGGGAGGUUAUGCCAGGCCCUGGAAAUGGUUUCCAAGCUACGGCAAAGAUAAAUACUGGGUGUGCUGUUCCUCCGUCUUUAAACCCCCCAUCUUGGAAAGGUUAUGCACCUUUAUCUGCAUACUUGUUUAGUUUACAGGAGUAUUUUAUUGCUGAAGAAAAGCAAGGAAAAAGGCUAACAGAUCAUGAGAUCAAUGAGGUUGCCUCACUUCAUUGCUCACCUGUUUCAAACUUUUCUGCCUAUGUGAGUCCCGAGGCUGCAGCACAGUCUGCUGCAACCACUACAUGGGGAUCCGGAGUUACUGCAGUUGCUUUUGAUCCCACUCGGGGAGGGUCUGUCAUCACUGUUGUAAUUGUUGAAGGGCAGUAUAUGUCCCCUUAUGAUCCAGAUGAAGGGCCUUCAAUUACAGGAUGGAGGGUCCAGUGUUGGGAAUCUUCACUUCAACCUGUUGUUCUUCAUCCAAUAUUUGGAAAUCCUGCUUCUAGUUUUGGUGGGCAACCACCUAUGCAGACAGUGUGGUUAACUAGAGUUAAUAAAAGCAUUCCACCAACAGACGAUUUAAGGAACCCUCAAACCUGUUCUGCUAAGCCAAUGAUAUCUGAUGAACUAAACUCGUCAGACUCCAGUGUUGAGAGAGCGAAUAGGCUCAGCUUCGAUCCCUAUGAUCUCCCAAAUGAUGUUAGACAGUUAGCUCAAAUUGUGUAUUCUGCUCAUGGAGGAGAGGUUGCUGUUGCUUUUCUUAGGGGUGGAGUACACAUAUUUUCUGGUGCAAACUUCAAUCCUGUUGAUAGUUAUCAUAUAAAUGUGGGUUCAACCAUUGCUGCACCUGCUUUCUCAUCCACCAGCUGCUGUUUAGCCUCUGUUUGGCAUGACACAAUCAAGGACCGGAUGAUACUGAAGAUAAUUCGUGUUCUUCCCCCUGCUAUUGGUUCCUCACAAUCUAAAGUCAACUCAGCUACUUGGGAACGAGCUAUUGCUGAUAGGUUUUGGUGGAGUCUUUUAGUCGGGGUUGAUUGGUGGGAUGCUGUUGGCUGCACACAAAGUGCUGCUGAGGAUGGUAUUGUGUCUCUUAAUAGUGUGAUCGCUGUCUUGGAUGCGGACUUCCAUUCUCUACCAUCUAUUCAACACAGGCAACAACAUGGUCCUAACCUUGAUAGGAUAAAAUGCAGGCUUUUGGAAGGUACAAAUGCUCAAGAUGUUAGAGCACUUGUAUUGGAUAUGCAAGCAAGAUUAUUACUGGACAUGUUGGGUAAGGGAAUUGAAUCUGCUCUUAUAAAUCCUGCAACCUUGUUACUUGAACCUUGGCAAGCAUCCGGUGAGACAUUAUCUGCCAUUGAUGCUGACAAAAUGGUUGUUGAGCAAGCUUUGGUUUCAAGCAUACAGGCAUAUGUUGAUGCUGUCCUUGAUCUAGCUUCACAUUUCAUCACACGCUUGCGUCGUUAUGCUAGUUUUUGUCGUACUUUGGCUAGUCAUGCAGUUGGAGCUUCCUCUGGUGCUAGUGGUGCACGUAGUAUGGUGGCAAGCCCCACCCACAGUUCUACCUCUGCAACAAGUCAGGGUUCCCAAAGUGGAGUUCCAAGUGCAAGUGGAAAUUCUCAAAUGCAAGCAUGGGUUCAAGGUGCCAUUGCUAAAAUCAGCAACAAUGCUGAUGGAGGAUCCUCGACUGCUCAAAAUCCGAUCAGUGGGCCAUCUUCCUUCAUGCCCAUUAGCAUCAAUACUGGGACUUUUCCUGGAACACCUGCCGUCAGGCUUAUUGGAGACUGCCAUUUUCUUCACAGGCUAUGCCAGUUGUUGCUUUUUUGUCUAAUAUUCCGCCGAAGGCAAUCACCACGUUUUAUAGGAAACUUUCAGAAGAACCCAGACUCUAGCUUGCAGAAAGCCCAGCCUGUUUUUAAUGGAAAAGUAGAUGAUAGCAGUGCAAUAUCCAGACCAACUAUUGGAGUUGCAAAAACUGAAGAAGGCCAGGCAGUUAGGUCUGGACAAUUGAUUGUUGGAGCAAAGGGGCUUGAAGAAGGCUCUACCAACAAGUCUGUAAGGUUUGGUUCUGGUAAUGCAGGGCAAGGCUACACAUCGGAGGAGGUGAAGGUACUUUUUCUCAUUCUGGUAGAUCUCUGCCGAAGAACAGCUGCCCUUCAGCACCCACUGCCUGCUUCUCAGGUUGGUGCAAGCAAUAUAAUCAUACGGUUACACUAUAUUGAUGGGAACUAUACCGUGCUGCCUGAAGUUGUUGAAGCAUCACUUGGGCCACACAUGCAGAAUAUGCCUCGUCCCAGGGGAGCUGAUGCUGCUGGGCUACUACUCCGUGAGCUAGAAUUACACCCUCCAGCUGAAGACUGGCAUAGACGGAAUAUGUUUGGUGGUCCCUGGUCAGAUCCAGAUGAUCUUGGUCCUUUGGAUAACACACUGAAACCUAAGCUAGGUGGCUCUUUGAGCUCCUCUAUAACUAAUUUUGUAGAAGGUCACAAUGACUAUUCUGGAGCCCAGGGCCUCUGGCCGAGGAAGCGUAGGUCCUCCGAGAGGGAUGCAGCAUUUGGAUUGAAGACCUCUGUGGGCCUUGGAUCUUAUCUGGGUAUUAUGGGAUCUCGAAGGGAUGUCAUUACAGCUGUUUGGAAAACCGGUCUUGGAGGAGUAUGGUACAAGUGCAUAAGAUGUUUGCGUCAGACUUGUGCAUUUGCGCAACCUGGUGAUCCCAAUCCUCAGAACGAACGUGAAGCAUGGUGGAUCAGCCGUUGGGCUCAUGGCUGUCCGAUGUGCGGUGGCGCAUGGGUCCGAGUAGUGUAGUUCCGGAAGCUUCCUUCUUUUCGGCUGUUCUGCCCGGCUAUCUGAUGCACCAAAACUGCGUCAUUGUUCAUUUCAACUCAGAGGGGGUAAAAUAGGGUCAUGUGUGAUAUUAGCAAUCUUCCUUAUACCUUGAGGUCCUUGACCAUUGUUCAUGAUGAGUUUUCUUUUUCUUUAUGGCUUCACACCCAAUUUAAGCUUUGGACACGUUGGUAGCUCGUUAGAUUUGUAAUCUGAUGUAAAGGCAGUGAAAAAGAAUGGCGGCAUUUCUUUUCGGUGGUGAUUCAUAACGAAGCUUUCUCUGGCAGUGGGUUCUGGAGAUUUCUA